AUGACCGGACUCGAAUCUCUUCCAUUUCUCGUACUUCUUAUCGCUCCACUUUUUGCUAUGGUGAUAGGAUGUGGUGGUAAAAAGAAAGCGUAAGUUAUACCAAUUACAGAAAAUAAUGGAAUAAUAAUUGAUGCAUUUUCAGACAAAAACCAACUCCAUCAAAAAUGGGUGCAGCUCCGCCAUCAGCUCCUCCAGCACCGCCAGUUGAACCACCAGCAGCUGCACCAGCGGGUGAAAAGAAGGAAGAAGAGAAGAAGGAAGAAGAAAAGAAAGAUGGAGAAAAGAAAGAAGAAGAAAAGAAGGAUGGUGAAAAGAAGGAUGAAGAAAAGAAGGAUGGAGAGAAAAAAGAUGAGGAAAAGAAAGAUGGAGAUAAAAAGGAUGAUGAAAAGAAGGAUGGAGACAAGAAGGAUGAUGACAAAAAAGAUGGAGAUAAGAAAGAUGAUAAGAAGGAAGGAGGAUCCAAAAAGUCGAAGAAAUCCAAAAAGUCUGGAAAGUCAAAGAAGUCUGGAAAGGAUAAAUCUGACAAGAAAGACGAUAAGAAAGACGACAAAAAGGAUGACAAAAAGGAUGACAAAAAAGACGAUAAGAAGGAUGAUAAGAAAGAUGACAAGAAAGAUGACGUAAGUUGAAAAUUUGGAUAAUUCAUUGAGUAUGAACUUUGGAAAAUUUCAGGACAAGAAGGAUGACGACAAGAAGGACGACGACAAGAAAGACGACAAGAAGGAGUAG